AUGGCACCACGAAAGCGCAAAGCGCCAUCCCCAGCUACUGCACAAUCCGCAAAAAAGAGUCGAGACGAGAGAGUUCGUCGAAGGGGCGUGAUACGGGAUCUAGGUUCACUCGAUCGGCUCACUGAGCUCAACUCCAUUAACUCACCUCUUCUUCGCCUUCCGGCCGAGCUUAGAAGCAUAAUCUUCACCUACGUCUUCAGCGGCGAAGAGUACCUUUUCAGUGGACGCCGAGGCUACCUUGUCCCUGAUGCAGGAUCGUUUACGCUAUUGGACAUGAGUCUCCUCCUGGUCUCACGUCAAGCCUACGCUGAAACAGCCUUGCUCCCAUAUAAGCUCGGCACGAUCCGUUUCCUCUUCGAUCAAUACUACCAAAUGGACCAGCGGAAGCAGAGCGUCGAGUUCUUCCUGAGCAAGAGAUCGGUCGAACAGAUCAAAGCGAUCGUCAGUCUAGAGGCUUGCGAGGAGGAGGAAGUGGGAGAACCUUUUUCGGUGACUGACACUGGAAUAUGGUGGGCCGAGAAACUAGGUGUUAGGCAGCUUCGCCAGAAGGUUCCCGGAAAGACAUGA